CAGCGGAGCAGCACGAGAAGAGGAGCAGGUGGAGGAGGAGGCACGAGCGCAUCACAAAGUUUGAGGUGGCAACGGAAUCUCGCACGAGACACCAUAUCAGGGGUCCGGACGGUGCUUCGAGGAAGUGUCCUGAAGGAGCAAUGGAGUAGGCGAGCACUGACGCAAAUCAGGCGAGACGAGUCUGAUGGACGACAGUGAUGUGCGCGUGAGGGUCUGUGUGGCGUGUCCAAAAAAAAAAGAGCUGCAGUCUCACUCCAGGACUUUUGAUGAAAUUACGUCUGAUAUCAACCUCUUUGUUGGACAACUGCUGGAACAUAAAUUCGGAUGAUCAAAACUGGAUGAAGCCACUUUACACAUAAAAAAAACCUCAAACUAACCUUCUCAAAACCUUCACACUCAUUUGCUACCUCAUCUCACUUUAUUUGAGCUCUUGUCAGCUCUAACACACUUACCCUGUGAGAGGGGAGAGCGUUACAUUUAGCCAACAUCAUCCGCUACGGUGAUGAUGAGCUGUUUUAUAUUCAGGGCAAUCGAUUCACUGACCUCCUGAUCCCAUUAGCCACACACAAACACCCACACAGACACACAGCUGGUGUUUGGCGUCUGCAGAUUCUUGAAAAGGUCUUGUGUUUGUAACACCUGGGUUUGGCUAUCUGUUCCCUGACACCACGCCCAGACACAUACUUAAACAGCUAUACCAAAUUGAGUGUUAGCAGUCCAUCUGCAUACUAUUAUCUCCGUCACAUAGAGAGCCCUGACCUUGACUGGGAAUCAGACCUGUGUUUGUGUGUUUGCAUUAGUGGAAGGCAGCGACACAUCCUGUCUACUCUAAAUGAGAGUCAGAAUGAGAGCUGAUGUGGCAGAGCGGCCCUGAUACAUUCUCUAAAAACUAAACCGCCUGGGGGUUGGACGCUCAAAUAGGAAAGCCAUAGAGCUUUGUUAGAUUGUUUAGUCAGUUAUUUUCAAAAUGCAUGGCUUUUUUAAGUAGUCCAUAAUAAUUGAAAGUGUUUGUGUGUGUGUCUGCCACAUUGUCAGAGCACAUUAGGGCCAGGCUUUUCUAGGUCAUGUCACUCUGACUGACCUAGAUUCAUCAAAAUAAACUGGCUGGCUGAUAAAGAUGUGAUGUAACACUGUAUUUUUCUUAAUUGUUAUCUACCUGCCAAUUUCUUUAUUAAGGAUACAUAACCUUCACCCAACACAAGUUGGACAAAAUAAACCUUGUAAUCCUUCCCAUUAAGCCUUGUAAUCCCACAACUGGUGUCAAGCUUGGCCUCUUUUCCCUCAUGAACACCUUCCCCUCCUUCUCUACAUUUCCUCCCGAUACACCAACCAUCCAGUCAGUGUGUAAGCCCUGCCUUCGGGCUCCGUGGAGGAUGAAUGAUGUGCCCACACUCGACUACGAGUUGCUGCUGUCCCCGGCCAGCUCCUCGCUCCCCGGUGGUCCUGGUGGUGGCAGCAGCAGCACCCCCCCACUGGUUCUGGUUGGGGUGGACACUGAGCAACGCACCGCCUUGGCCUUUGUAGGCCUCCUCAUGCUCUUCCUGGUCUUCCUGCUGGUCAGGUGCUUCAGGAUCCUGCUGGACCCCUACAGCCGCAUGCCUGCAUCAUCCUGGACUGACCACAAGGAGGGGCUGGAGAGGGGCCAGUUUGAUUACGCAUUGGUGUAGGGAAAAGAGGAGGAAUAUUUGAUUGCACAUGGAUGAAAUGUUUAACGUUGAUGUAUAAAUGAACAAAGUUAUUGUGAAUGCACUGUGGGAAGACGGUUGGGUUCAACCUGAUGUUCAAGUUUGAGUGGUAUAUGUUCCUGUACUGCUGCCUGUGUGCUGGUGUAAAUAUGAGGCUGCAGGACCCAUUGUAACCGGUCUGUUUCAGCAGCACAGACAACUGGAAUCUCUGUGAGCCAAACACUCACACAGAGUAGAUCUUGAACCACGAAGGACAGAAAUAAUGAGCUGCACAGCUGCCUUAACAUGACCUACUGUACUCAACGAACAUGCUAACACAUCACAACAUCACUUUAGGGCUACAUUUUACAAACUCUAAGGCUUGUUAGUAUUUAAACAAUGUAUUUUUAAAGAAACAUUUAC